UGCAUCAAGAGUCCUCCUUCCUACCCCAAACAUACGACAAAAUAAGUAAUGCAAAACGUCUCGCCAAGACCCGGCCGGCUGUAACAAACACGUGGAAACAUGGCUGGCUGCACGAAAGCAUGCAGGGGUCAUUCAUCUACAGGACAACGUACGUCAACACGACAGGUGGGGGGGAUGGCUACAUACAAUGAGUGUGUGGAUGGAUGGAUGGAGCACACAACAGAGCGACAACAAACAACACGAGAGCAUAGGACAGGACAGACACAAUCAAGUCAUGAACGUACACGUACACUCAUUCAAUCCAGCCCCAUCCCUCUCCCGCCUCUGUCCCUCAUUCCCUGCCUGCCUGUCUGUCUGUCAGUGCGCCCGUGCGGCCGGCCGCCUCUCCGUCUGCGUGUCGUCCCGCCUCUCUGAUGCUGCCGCUGCCGCUGCCGCACCCGGCCCUUCCCUCGUGUCAGGUGCUGCGGCGGAUUCGUCAGCUGAUGAUGAAGGGGGCUUGCGCACACCGACACCCUGCACACAUAUCAGAGAGAGAGUGUGUGUGUGUGUCAUGCAUGGAUAGUGCAGUGCAGUCCAGUGGGGAAUGGGAUUGCGGACCAGCACCGAGCUCGGCUUGAGGCUGUCCCAGAAACUCCUCAGGGCCCUCUUGGCCUGACGCAUACAACACACACAGACACACUGGCGAUCCAUCCGUAUCUCACCAAAGCAUUGGCUCAUUUACUGGCGUCCGUACGUGUAUGGCCUGCGCGCCGACGAAGCUGAGAUUGAGAUCCCUUCUGUCCACACCCCGACGAAGACACCUACACACACGCGACCAUGCUCUUUCUGGUGUGUGUGUGUGUGUGUGCGUGAGUAGGUUGAGGGUACCGCUCGACGUAUCCCUCAUAGUCAGCGAUGAUCCUGGUGACCAUCUCCGUCGUCGACACGCCCUCCGUCCGCUGGGUCGCCCGAAACUUUCCCUAAGAUGCAGACAGAGAGGGAGGGACAGGGACACGGUUUUGGACACCCGACGUCCGUCCCCAUGCCUUCCUGGCUCCCUGCCUCACCGCCUUUUUGAGCCAUGCGUAUAUGUCAUUCUCCUCCCCGCCCGCACCAGCACCGUACGGCAAAUCGUCGUGGGCUGACAAAUCCAUUCACACACACACAUCUUCACAGUUUUCACACAGAAGACCGCAUGGAUCUCUGUUCCUUUAUUCAUUCGCCAGCUCACCAACAUAAUCGAUUCUGUGCUCCUCAAGGAACUCCUGUGCACAUGAAGGUAGGUAUACAUGGCCACGCACACGAUCGGGCAGGCAGGCAGGCAGGCAGAGAGCAUGUUGAUGUAUCGGUUGCUUAGAAAAACAUCGACGCACCUACCGGCGUGAUGGUCCACGGGCAUGGUGCGAUGACCUCGUCGACCCACUUGAGGUGGCUCACACUCUCCGCCCUCUCGCACAUCGUCAUCACUGUCCUGCCCUACACACACGGCACAGCACAAUUGGAUGAAUGAAUGAGUGAAUAGUCCAUCCCAUGUCGGUGUGUGUGCCGUGUGAGUCAGUCCUAUUUAUUACCUACUUUGUAUUGUGCGGUUUCUUCGUCGGCUGCGAUGCCUACGAUGAGGUGCACUUUGGGGAAGAGCGUCUUGGCCUGCUGCAGCUGACGCAUGUGGCCGAUGUGAAGCAUGUCAUACACACCUGUUGGCGACGAACGAUUCACACAGAAACACAUGCGUCACGCGCAUCCAUACACGCAAGGGAUGUUCAAACCAGACAGACAUGCAGAGCACCUUUGCCAUGCGCUUGCAUGGCCACGCGGCGGCCGGUUGCUUACCGUCAGAAUAGACUCUGACAGCCCGGUCUGGGUCAGCUGCACUAUCGGACGCCUGAAAACAACUCAAACACAUCGCACCAAUGAAUGAAUGAACAGAAGGCGUAGCUGUUUCUUGCUUGCCUCCCUGCCUCCCUGCCUGCAGCCACCACACACACCUGGACCAUUUCUCUCACGAUGCAAGAGGCGCCGCAGUGAUCCGGAUGCCUUCAAAACUUGCACUCCUCCUCCAAUCGAGCGCUGCCUUCAACAGAAAUGGCCUUGCCACCCGUCUGAUUCACUCUGGCAGCGGUCGG